UGAACUGUUAGAGGUAUUUCUGUGAUGCCUUGGAGCCAGAUAGUCAGUCAGAGAAGUACAAUGGACUGAGCUUAUAAUGGGAUGUACCUCAUCUAAUGCUGUUCGAGUGGAGGACGAAAUUCCAAGAUCACAAAGUGUGAUUCGCUCAGUGGUGCUAAUACAGAAGUGGUACCGACGGUAUUUAGCAAGAACAGAGGCCCGGCGGCGGUGCACAUGGACAAUAUUCCAGUCUAUAGAGUAUGCCGGGGAACAGAAUCAACUUAAGCUUUACAACUUUUUCAAUACCAUGUUGAGCCAAAUGGACACAGAUGAUAUUGGACAGCCUAAGAUUCUCCGAGCUCUGUCUGUGUCACAAAGACCAGCAAAAAUUGAUACCAAAACCUUAGAGGAAGAGGACUAUGUACUGUUGAAGAAGAGCGAUCCAGACUCUAUUGAAGUGGAGUCCUCUUAUCGCGGAGUCCAUCUCACAUUUCCACUUACACAAGCUCAACUACAGAGCCUUAUCAACUCCUUCAAAACCAAGCAGCCACUGCAUGCCAAAUACCUGAUUCAACUUUUACUUGAGACUCGCACUGCAUUAAAGCAAAAAGCCAAUAUUAACUAUGCCACUACCUCAAUCUCAAAGCAAAUAACAGUCUGUGGAGAUCUUCAUGGGAAACUUGAUGAUCUCUACAUGAUUUUUCACAAGAAUGGUCUUCCGUCUGUGCACAACCCUUAUAUAUUCAAUGGAGAUUUUGUGGACAGGGGCCGUAACUCUGUAGAAAUUGCUGUGAUUCUUUUUGUAUGCUUUCUAAUCAACAAAAAUGAAGUUUAUCUUAACCGUGGUAACCAUGAAGAUCAUGUGAUGAACCUAAGAUAUGGUUUUGUUAAAGAGCUGGUGAAAAAAUACUCUAUACAUGCAAGCAAAGUCAUCCACCUGUUUGAGGAUGUUUUUAGUUGGUUACCAAUAGCAACUAUUGUUGACUACAAAAUUCUUGUUGUACAUGGUGGUGUAUCAGACACCUUGGAUCUCAAUUUCCUGGCAACCAUAGAUAGGCACAAGUUUCUUUCAAUUUUACACCCACCAAGAGGGGGAAGUGACACAUCAAAAUUAAGUGAUACUGAACUCCGGGAAUGGAAAUUGAUUUUAGACAUUCUAUGGAGUGAUCCACGAACAAAGCAUGGUUGUCAUGACAACACAUUUCGAGGAGGAGGAAGUUACUUUGGUCCUGAUAUUACAGAUUUUAUACUGACAAAACACAAACUUAAACGAAUUAUUCGUUCUCAUGAAUGUAAGCCUGAUGGAUAUGAAUUCACACAUAACAAUAAGGUAUUAACCAUAUUUUCUGCUUCUAACUACUAUGAAGAGGGUAGUAACAAGGGAGCCUAUGUGAAGCUGCAUGGAUCGGACCUAGAGUACCAGCUUGUGCAGUACAUGACCAGCAAAGGUGCCAACAGAAAGGUCACCUUUGCUCAGCGAGUGACAAAAGUUGAAUCAUCUGCUAUUGUCAAUCUUAGAGAGAAAAUCCUGGGCUCUAAGACAGAAUUUCUGGAAGAGUUCCACAAACUAGACCCUGAAAAGACAGGAAAAGUGACACAGCAUGAUUGGUGCACAGUGAUGGGGAGCAUUCUAGGAAUGGACCUCCCAUGGAGAACCUUAAGACCUAAGCUGGCACGGUGUGAUGAGAAUGGAAUGGUGGCGUAUGAUACAACAUUUGAAGAGAUGAGAAUUUAUCACCGCUACAGUGGGAAUGGUCCCACUGUGACAGAAAUGCUGUACAGACAGAAGGACAAUCUGGAGAGUCUGUUUAGAAUUCUGGAUAGAGAUAAUUCAGGACAAAUUUCAAUGGAGGAAUUUAAUGAAGUUAUCCAACUCCUUGUGAAACAACAGAAUGUGAACUGUCCACUGGACCAAAUCUCAGACAUAGCCAAGAGCAUUGACUUAAAUCAUGAUGGGAAAAUAGACUUUAAUGAAUUCCUGGAAGCUUUUAGGAUUGUGGACAGUUAUGGCAAAUUCUCGGAGGUCCAGCGCCAGGAGCUCAUGUCUAUCAGUUCAAUGGACAGUAUCAUGAAUAUGAAGAACUGUAGUUUUUCUAUGGGGACCAAGAGAAGAGUCUCAAACCUGGAUGAUAUCAAAGAAUUCAAAUGAAGAUCAAGACAAUCAAACAUCUUUUAAAUUAGAAUUACUUGUUUCUGCAGGUUUUGCUAUAUAGUCAUGGUUUUAUGAAUAAUUGUCUUGAUGUUUUAUGAA